AUGGCGGCGACCAACAACGUCCCCGUGAACCUGGACACGCCCAUCGUAGUCAAGGUCCUGUUCCGCGGCCAGACCAAGAAGUUCAAACUGCCUCUGAAGGAUCUCGGAGCUCAUGUUCUGCCCGACAAGGUUCGUAAUGUCCCAUACCUAUUCGUUGUCAUGCUCAAGCGAUUGGAUUGGUCGCCUCUUCGAAACAUCCUCCAGCUUGAAGCCGGCGACCAGGUCGUCUUUGAGCGCUACUCCGACUCCGCCGCCUCGUAUGUCACUCUGGACGCCGACAAGCCCCAGGUCUACAAGACGCUUUUCCGCGCUGCAAAGGCGAAGCUCAAGUUACGUCUGAGGGCUACUAUCCCUGGCGAGGAACCCGUACCUGCGCCCGCACCCGCGCCCAUGCCACCCCAUAUGCUUCCAGGAUAUGUGCCCUCUAUUCACCGCAUGAGCUCGGAUACCCUCACUCCCCAGGGGAAUGCACCUGUCUCUCCAGUCGUUGCCCGCUCGCCAGAAAUAGAGAAGAAGGAAGUCAUCAACCCCGUAUCGCUACCAGAGACGGUAGAUGCUGACGGCGAGGCUCCUGUACCACAGGCCUUCACUGCUCGUCAGAGCUGCUUCAACAACCUCGCAACUGCCAACUACAACUCGGGCCUUGCGUUCCGCCCUAAGCCGAGCAACGUGUGCACUUCGUGGGUCGUCUACUGCAACAACUGCAACGAGCCUAUGGAGGACGAGCACUUCCACUGCAGCGUAUGCGACGGUGGCGAUUAUGAUCUCUGCCCGGCCUGCGUAGAUAACGGCAUUCACUGCCCCGGAAGCGGACACUGGAUGGUCAAGCGCUUCGUUAAGAACGGCAGCGUCGUCAACAGCACUACACAGCGCAUCGCACCCAAAGUCAAGGCCGAGGAGCCCCAACAGCAGGAGAUUCCAGGUGCUUUUACCGAUGAGAAGCAGUCUGUUACCUACGAACAGGAGCCAACGCGCACUUGCAACUGCUGUGUCACGGUUCUGCCCGAAAAGGAAUUCGUUACUUGCGUCGCUUGCGACGAUUACGACCUUUGCUUGACUUGCCAUGUUAGCAACAAACAUGGCCACCAUCCCGGCCAUACCUUCAAGCCUGCCACAUCCGAGACCGUCCUCCCUACUUUGGCCGAUUUCCUCUGCAAUUCUGGCAGGAACGUUCGUCACAAUGCUGUCUGCGAUGGCUGCGACAAAUUCAUCUAUGGUGUCCGCCACAAGUGCUUGAAUUGCCCAGACUGGGAUUACUGCUCUGACUGUCUCAAGAACGCCAAGUUCAUCCACCCCCGUCAUCGCUUCGUACCUAUCUACGAGCCUUUGGCUGAGCCUAUGAACACCGCCAACCGUCAUUAUGGUAUUUACUGUGACGGUCCUCUCUGCAAGGACAAAGAGAACCUAUCAUACAUUGACGGCAUCCGCUACAAAUGCGCAGUCUGCCACGACACUGAUUUCUGCCAGAACUGCGAGGCUCAUCCUAGCAACAAGCACAACCACACUCACCCGCUUAUCAAGUUCCAGACACCUGUGCGCAGCGUCAGCGUCACAACUCUCAACGAUGAUAAGCAGCGCAAGUCGAUCGCUAGGCUCGGUGACCGCAUGGCUGACAGGCGAUCUACCUCGACCGAGACUACCCCCGUUGCCCCUUCCACCAAUGCUGCGACCCAGGUCCAGACCAUUGUUGACAUGAAGCCCUCGGCGGAGCCUCAGGUCAAGAAGGAGAAAAUCGCCAUCCGUGAUCUGCUUGUCGACUCUGUAGAGCCCGUGCAAGAGAAAUCUGCUCAGCUUACCCAGUCGAUGAUGCCAGUCAAGACGGAAGCCAUUCCCAUUCCUAGAUCGGAGACCGCUGCCGAAGGCCUUGACGCACAUUUCAUUCGCGAUACCAUCAUUGAUGGCUCCAAGAUCUGUGCAGGCCACCAGUUCGUUCAGGUUUGGACUCUGCGCAACCCGGGCCCGAACGCCUGGCCACGAGGAUGCAGCGUCCGACACGUUGGUGGUGACAACAUGCUCAACAUCGACAAUACUCGUCCUUUGAGCCACACUGACCUUGCUGAGGCCAGCGAGAGCAACGUUCUUGGUCAUACCGUUGAGGCCGGUGAGGAAGCCCAGUUCCGUGUUCUUAUGAAAGCACCCCAACGUGAGGGCACUGCCAUCUCUUACUGGCGCCUAAAGACUCCUGAGGGCAUGCCUUUCGGUCACCGUCUAUGGUGUGACAUCGCCGUCGUUGGCGUACCAUCCCCUGUGGCAGCUGAGCCAGCGAUUCCUCCUGCGCCAGUCGUGAGCGUCCCUACACCUGUCUCAGGCUCAGCUACUACGUUUGAGGUGGCUCCUCGAUCCAACCCUCUAUACGAGCGUCUCCUACAGGCUAGAGCAGAGAGGAUGAAGCAUGUACAACACACCCAGCAACAACAAAUGAACCUGCAGAAGAUGAAGGAUGCGCACCACUCUUUGCAACAGCAGCUGGAUCAGCAGAAGAUGGAGCGUGUCCAGCGUGUCCGCAAAGCUGCCAUGGAGCGUCUCCUAGAGGGCCGUCGAAAAGUGUAUGAGGAAGCGAACCGUCGCAAGGACCAUGAGGCUGCUCUCGCCACUAUUAAACAGGAGCCGGUCGCCUCGCCCAAGGACGAGAUUAAGUCUGAAGAGCCAGUCGCCGAACUCCCGGUUGAAGAGAAGAAGCGCGAAUCCGAGCCUGUUGCUUCUGGCAUGAUUUUCCCUCAGCUAGACAAGGAGUCUCCCGAGUCAAGCACGUAUGAAUCUUCUACUACUGCUCAGCCCGUGUCUCCGUUGUCCGAGAAGAGCACAAUCGCUCGUACCGUCACCGUCGCUUCGGAUGAGGAGUUCUUCGAGGAUGCCGAGAGUGUUGCCUUAAUGUCCGAUGACGGUUUCAUGACCGACGAGGAAUAUGACAUCCUCGAUGCUAGCGACGAGGAGAUGCCGUAA